UUAAAACGUAAAGCAAAAUGAUUCUGAGCGGAGCAUGCUCACUGUUGCACUCAUUAUUUACUUCCGGUAGAUCUUUAUUUCGCUAGCCAGCAGGUUCGCUACCCUAAUAAAAAUGCAGCAACGGGAAGAAAAAUUGCUGGACGCAUCCGUGGAAUCUCUUAUUUCCCGCGUAGCUCAUCUAAAAAACGCUCUUCACAGUUUCAUCUACAAGUUGGAAAACGAGUAUGAACGACUGACAUGGCCCUCUGUGUUGGACAACUUUGCCCUCUUGUCCGGUCAGUUGAACACCAUCAAUAAACUGUUGCGGAAUGAGAAGACGCCAUCUUUCCGCCAGCAGAUCAUCAUCCCCCUGCUGUUGUCUCCAGACAGGGAUGAAGAACUAGCUAAACUGACAGAGCAACGCGUGCCUGUGUUCAGCCAUGAGAUUGUGCCGGAUCACCUGCGCACCAAGCCUGAUCCUGAGGUGGAGGAGCAGGAGAAACAGCUGAGUGCGGAAGCUGCCCGGAUAGGACCUGAGGUGGCACAGAAACAAAUCCAGACACUGAACAAACUCUGUUCAAGUCUACUGGAGAAACUGAACAAUCCUCGCGAUGACAGAGAUGCAGACAGUGCAGCCAUACGGCAGAACAAACCAUCUUUCAACCCUGCUGACACCAAUGCACUGGUGGCAGCGGUGGGAUUUGGGAAGGGGCUUUCGAAGUGCAGGCCCCCUGGUCCUGUGGCCCCUGGACACACAGGACAAGGGCCCAUAAUGAGCGGAGGUCCCACCUUACAGCAGGUCACCAUCGGUGGGGGUUCAGGCCAGCAGCAAGGAAUGGGGCCUGGUGCUCCUCAGCAGCAAGGACAGCCAGGGAAAAUGCCAUGCAACAUCAAGACAAACAUCAAGGCUGCCUCCUCAAUGCAUCCUUACAACCGAUAAGAUCCUCUCUAUCCCAUUCUGAUAGAAAGCCUUUAGGAAGCCUACAGAGUGAGCCAUGUACAGCAAUGCAAGUAUUCAUAUGAUAUAUGCUAUGUUAUCUUUUGAUUAAAUACAUCAUUUUGAGAAGAAAGUAUCAUACUGUGAAAGUGCAGAAAUUUGUCAGAUGUGCUUCCAUUUGUGAACACUAGAUAGCACUGUCUUUCCAUUUAUAUUCAAGGGAAAACACAGUUUGAGAACUUGGUCAUUAUUGCAGAAAACUUAAAUGAGAUUUGAUGUUAGUAUUUAAUAAAGGGCAUAUCAGAGCUUUUAUUUUAAGAUUUGUUUAUCCAAAUAUGUUAAUUUGUCACACAGAGAAAAUCUGCUGGCUAAGAGCGUUGGGCCAGUAAUGGAAUGGUCACUGGUUCGAAUCCCCGAGCCGGCUAGGUGAAAAUCUCAUUGUGCACUUGAGCAAGGCACUUAGCCCUAACACCUCAUGUAAGUUGCUCUGGAUAACAGUGUCUGCUAAAUAACAAAAAUGUAAACAAGUCUGCAUUAUGUUAUGUCUUUCAGAAAUGUAUAAUACAUUUGUGGUGUUUAGUGUCAGUCAGAAAAGGAAUAUACACUACUCAAAAAAAUAAAGGGAACACUUAAACAACACAAUGUAACUUCAAGUCAAUCACACUUCUGUGAAAUCAAACUGUCCACUUAGGAAGCAACACUGAUUGACAAUAAAUUGCACAUGCUGUUGUGCAAAUGGAAUAGACAACGGGUGGAAAUUAUAGGCAAUUAGCAAGACACCCCCAAUAAAGAAGUGGUUCUGCAGGUGGUGACCACAGACCACUUCUCAGUUCCUAUGCUUCCUGGCUGAUGUUUUGGUCACUUUUGAAUGCUGGCGGUGCUUUCACUCUAGUGGUAGCAUGAGACGGAGUCUACAACCCACACAAGUGGCUCAGGUAGUGCAGUUCAUCCAGGAUGGCACAUCAAUGCGAGCUGUGGCAAGAAGGUUUGCUGUGUCUGUCAGCGUAGUGUCCAGAGCAUGGAGGCGCUACCAGGAGACAGGCCAGUACAUCAGGAGACGUGGAGGAGGCCGUAGGAGGGCAACAACCCAGCAGCAGGACCGCUACCUCUGCCUUUGUGCAAGGAGGAGCAGGAGGAGCACUGCCAGAGCCCUGCAAAAUGACCUCCAGCAGGCCACAAAUGUGCAUGUGUCUGCUCAAACGGUCAGAAACAGACUCCAUGAGGGUGGUAUGAGGGCCCAACGUCCACAGGCGGGGGUUGUGCUUACAGCCCAACACCGUGCAGGACGUUUGGCACUUGCCAGAGAACACCAAGAUUGGCAAAUUCGCCACUGGCGCCCUGUGCUCUUCAUAGAUGAAAGCAGGUUCACACUGAGCACAUGUGACAGACGUGACAGAGUCUGGAGACGUCGUGGAGAACGUUCUGCUGCCAGCAACAUCCUCCAGCAUAACCAGUUUGGCGGUGGGUCAGUCAUGGUGUGGGGUGGCAUUUCUUUGGGGGCUGCACAGCCCUCCAUGUGCUCGCCAGAGGUAGCCUGACUGCCAUUAGGUACCGAGAUGAGAUCCUCAGACCCCUUGUGAGAACAUAUGCUGGUGCGGUUGGCCCUGGGUUCCUCCUAAUGCAAGACAAUGCUAGACCUCAUGUGGCUGGAGUGUGUCAGCAGUUCCUGCAAGAGGAAGGCAUUGAUGCUAUGGACCGCCCGUUCCCCAGACCUGAAUCUAAUUGAGCACAUCUGGGACAUCAUGUCUCGCUCCAUCCACCAAUGCCACGUUGCACCACAGACUGUCCAGGAGUUGGCGGAUGCUUUAGUCCAGGUCUGGGAGGAGAUCCCUCAGGAGACCAUCCGCCACCUCAUCAGGAGCAUACCCAGGUGUUGUAGGGAGGUCAUACAGGCACGUGGAGGCCACACACACUACUGAGCCUCAUUUUGACUUGUUUUAAGGACAUUACAUCAAAGUUGGAUCAGCCUGAAGUGUGGUUUUCCACUUUAAUUUUGAGUGUGACUCCAAAUCCAGACCUCCAUGGGUUGAUAAAUUUGAUUUCCAUUGAUAAUUUUUGGUGUGAUUUUGUUGUCAGCACAUUCAACUAUGUAAAGAAAAAAGUAUUUAAUAAGAAUAUGUCAUUCAUUCAGAUCUAGGAUGUGUUAUUUUAGUGUUCCCUUUAUUUUUUUGAGCAGUGUAUUUAAAACAUACUUCAACUGCUUCACCAUGUCUCUCCAGUCAUCUGAACCCUAGUACUGCCUCCUAUCCCUUUACCAUGUUGUCUCUCCAGUCAUCUGAACCCUAGCACUGCCUCUUACAGUAUCCCUUCACCAUUCCGGCCAUUAUGCAUAAUGUAGGCCCGGUGAGAGUAAUGCGGCUGGACAUUGCACUGCCUGGCCUGAUAAUGUCAAAGUCGUUAAGGGAGGAAAUGAGAAAGUUCAUGCUGACGUGUUGGGGGCCUCUGUGCUCUGCCCCACCGUGGUCUGUCCACUCCAAUCCCUAUCCCACCUCCCGCUGGGCGGCCGGCACCACAGCGCAGAGACAGUGACCGCUGUGGCUGUCACACGAUACGACACAGGUCGCUGGGUGACCUACAUACACAAUGUCCUCUGCCGGCCUGACGUCUCGCUGUGUCUGCCUCAAUGCCCUGGUAAGAAAGGAGAGUCAGCUGAGACAGCUAGAAGAUGCACAGGGUCAGACUUUCUAUAGAUGUCUUAUAAACAAUGGACUAUAGGCAGAUGGACAUUGUCCCGCCUGUGUCCAUUUGGCCUAACUGAGAGAGAGUCCUGAACAGGCUAUUACUGCCUUGUUUUUACCCUACUGCAGCUCCCUCUGUGAAAGAAAUUUAGGGCUACAACUCUUUAUACAAUAAAAAAAUGGUUUCCCAGAAA